AUGGCACGUCUCAUUCACACAAACCUGGAGGAAGCAAAUACCCCAGGUUCCCGCCCAACAUCAUCAACAUCACCACCAGACGCAUUUACUUCUGAUAAAGAAAAUCGGCAUCGAGGUAUCAAUAAGAGAACUACCGCUGCGAUGCCACCGGGUGCACAAGGUAAACGACGGCGGCUAGCCGACCGCCCCUCGAAUGUCCAGUCUGCCCAAUCUGCCCAGUCUGCUCGAUCUGCGCAAUCUGCCCGAUCUAUGCAGUCGCAAGCAUCAUCUCAACGAACCACCAGCGACACACGAUACUAUGACCCUGAUCAGGAUCCCGAAGAACGGAGAAGUGUACGGAGAGGGCUUCGAGAUCUGGGUAGAGAACUAAAUGACACGCGAGGCGAGCUCAUGCAGCCUGGAAACGAUGGUAUCCUCAACAUUGUCGAACAAGCAAAUCAAUUCUACGCCAAAGUGAAGCAGACUGCCGACGCCACGCUCGAUUCGCGCAUCCUGGUCAAUACCGCUGAUAUAACGCACAAGAAAGCCACCCAACUUGCCCUCGGUGACACCUCUGCCGGUAUCGACGUAGACGAAUUUGUCUCCAAGUGUGUAUCGUUCAUGCGGCGCGGCCCAAACAAUGCGACGGCUUCAACAAAUGGGACACAGGGACGCCGAGGGCGCCUUGGUCGAAGCCAAAGAGAUCCCGAUGCCAGUGACGAAGACGAUGGCGAUGCGAUGAACUGGGACACACUUGGCCGAUCGGCCUGCUUUCCUAGCAAUGCUCGUCCAGCCGUGUCUGGAUGGUUGCUUGGGCCGCUCUCAGUACAGAAGCGUACGCGGCUAAUGACACAGCGAAGAGCAGCAGAGCAGAUUGAUCCAUCGCAAGCCGUGGCGCCCCGAGAAAUGGCACAGCAGGAUCUUGGCCAGCAGGACAGCACGAAUCUGACCCAGAUCUGUUCUGAGAUCAACAAGCUGCUUGCCAAUAACCAGCGUGACCGUCAGAAAGCAGCCACGGAUGAGCUUACCCUCGACCCAAAUCUCACCCCGGAGAAGGCGCAACGAAUCAUGGAUAAGCACAGCAUAGCGGACGACGGGGGAAUUCCCUUGUUUCGCUUCUGUAUCAACCCGAAGUCUUUCGGACAAAGCGUGGAAAACCUGUUCUACGUGAGUUUCCUCGUGCGAGACGGAACAGUGGGUGUAUCAACAGAUAGUCGUGAUCUGCCGACUCUGCAUGCGGCCGCGCCGUUCGCCCCCAGUGAAGCCCAAAAAAGGGCGUGCAAAAACAUCAGGCGGUGUUUAGCCUCGACCACGAGACGUGGCACGAAAUUAUCGAUGUGUUCAAGAUUAAGGACUGCAUCAUACCCCACCGAGAAGAGAAGGAACAAGAGACUGGCACAAGUUGGUAUGCCUAAGCUUCUUCUGAAGACACGAUUCCACGAGUCGAUGUGUGUUUUACAAGAUACCCCUUGA